CAUGGCUCGAAAAUGGCAGACAGUGGGAAACGAGAGAAAAUAGCCGCAGCUAAAAAGAAGCUAAAACAAUUCAAGCAAAAAACAGGAAGAAACUCACCAGCCAACUCCAAGAGUUCUAAUAAACCAUCUUCAGACAAGAAAUCUAAAUCUGGUUCUCCUGCUGAGGCUGACUCAGUUCAGGAAAACCACAUUGAACCUGUUCCUGUCAACAACAAUACUGACCAGGUUUUUGCGGAUUCCAUUCACAACAAACAGCUGACUGCUGAAACGCAGGAGACUGAACCUGAUCAAAGGAAUAUAAGAACUUUAGGACAUAAUCAGCAAGCCAAACACAGUGGUUUACUCUCACAUCUGUUUGGUGUGGAAAGGACAUCAGCAUCAAGGGAAAGUUUACAACAACUCUCACGACAACUUAACGGCCUUCUAUCAGAGUCUAACUCUUUGAUGGAUACAACUGAUACUACAGAAGAAGACAAUGCUAACAUAGCAGAAUUAGAGAGGAGAAACAGAGAGCUAGCCUCCUUGCUAGAAAAACACUCUGAAGCAAAUGAACAAUUGAAUAUCCAAGUUCAACAGACGAGGGAGCAUGCAAAAGCUCUCCAGGAUCAAAUUGAGCGAGAUCGGGGGGUGUUUGAAGAUAAACAGCGCCAAGAAAUAGGACCACUUAAAGAACAGUUACAGGUCCAUAUACAAACAAUUGGGAUUUUAGUGGCUGAGAAAACAGAACUUCUAUCUCAGCUGAAUCAGUCACAGAAGAUUGCAGAGCAGAGAUUUAAUGAGAUCGAAGAAUACAGUGGAAGAUUAAAAGCUUCACGACAACGAGUGGCAGAUCUAGAAAGAAACUUAUCAACAUCCAAUAAUUCUAGUCAAAAAUUUGAACAGAACAGCAAAGACUUUUCAAAAGAUAUUGACCGGUUAAAAAUAGAAUUGUACAAGUCAAAUAAAGCACAAGAGGAUCUUAAACAACAGUGUUCUGAGUUAGCAGAGAAAUUACAGUCUAAGACGUCGGAAUCUAUAGAAAUGGAACGCAAUGUAGAAGAUCUGAAAAAGCGCCUAGAAAUGGCAGAAUUAUACACCCAGCAAUUAUCAAGUCAGGGAGACAACAGUCAGGAGUCGUUAGAGGUCAUGGGUCAACUGCAACGGGAUAAGGAACUGCUGACCUCUCAAGUUCAGGAGUACUCUGAAGCAUUCCAGAAGGCUUGUGGUGAGCGAGACCAGGUGGCAGAUCAGUACAAGUCUUAUAUAGAUCAGCUACAACAGCAUAGCCAGCAACUCACAGAACAGGUAACAAGUUUGACAGAAGAACGGGAAGUUAUGGUGACACAACAACAUCAGCUAGAGGCCAAUAUUCUACAACUACAACAACAACUAGAAGAUGUCAGUGCUGAACAACACCAACAGCAACAAUCCAGCACCGAGGUGUUGGAGAAGGAGAAAGAGAUGGACUCACUACAAAAACAGCAUCAGGACCUCAGACAGCAGCACGAGGCACUGAUCAGGGAUAACUCACAGCUCAGUCGGUUUUUGGAAGAGAGAGAGACACAGAUACUGACUCUUGAGACCGAGAUGUCCGAUAUGGGAAUGGAGGCCAGUGAUAAGGCCCAGCUGUUGGAAAACAUACAGAGCAACAAAACCGCCCUCAGUCGAGCUCUCACUCAGAACAAAGACCUCAAAAACCAGUUGGCUGAAUUACAGAAUGGAUUUGUCAAGCUGAGCAAUGACAAUAUGGAGCUGAUGACAAAGGUCCAGUCAGAACAACACUCCUCACAAGAACACCUGUGUCGCCUCAGUCAGCGGGAAGAUGAACUCAAGAAUUUAAGAGAAGCUUUGUCAGAGAAGGACUUGAAGCUGUCCGAGCUGAAACAGACAACACAUGAAGAGACCAAAGAGCAGUACCACCAGGAGCAGAUCAAUGACAGAUUGAGACACUACGAGGCACAGGCCCAGCUGGUGGAGACUCUCCAACGGGAACUGCAAAAUUCUCAGGAUAUGACUGAUGCCCUAAAGACCCAGAACAGUGAACUACGUACAAUGUUGAUCAAGGCCUCAGAUAAUCAAAACAACCCAGGUCUGGACCCAGAGGAGGAGAAGAAACGAGAUGAUGUGAUUGACUCGUUGACUGCGGCGAUCAAACAACUUGAGUCGGAGAGGGGCCAACUAAUGCAGAAUCUAAAAGAUCAGCGAGAGCUUUCGGACAGUCUUACUGUCAAAGUCACUGACCUGGAGGAGGCGGUCAUACAGAAAAGCACAUUCCAUAUAGAUAAUGAUAAGGUGAGUCUGCAGGAGUACGAGACGAUGAGAAGGACCAUGCAGAUGAUAGAGGACAAAUACACCAGUGUGAUGAGAGACAAGGCCGAGUUAUCAGACAAGGCUGAGAGACUGGAGCAUAUCGUCCUACAGUUAGAGGGGGAGGCUGAUACUAUAGGAGAGUACAUAUCAUUAUAUCAUCACCAGCGUGCUUUAUUACAACAACGAGAAUCUCAGAAAAACGACUACAUUGCCCACCUUGCCAAAGACAGAGAACAGUUACAGGAGAAACUUGGAGAGCUGCAGCAGCUGGUGAUGCAGUUACUAGGAGAGAAGAACAUGUUGUCUAACUAUCACGAAGAGACAAACACUUCCAUGCAUUCCAACGAGCCGAGAAUACAACCACACCUCCAGAACUCACUGCAGCCUCUAGUGAAUGGGCUGGAUAAUAAUGAAGUGGACUGGCCUGACUAUACCAGUUCGGAAUCUGACUCAGAGAGUGAGGUGGAGGCUAUAGUUGGGGGCCAGGACAAUUUAAGAAACAAGGAAGUGUCAGAAAUGAUGGAGCCACCAACUGAACACGAACCCACACAACAUAGUCUCCAUCACCACCACCAUCAACAUCAUCAUCGUCACCAAGGACAACCUGCUCAUGAAGAGAACCAUGUCCAUAAUAAUGUGGCACCUCAGGAGGGCCAGACUGCCCAUAAAAUUCUUAAUCUCCUAACAGAAAUUGGACACUCUACACUAGUUGACAGACCAAAUGAUAUAGACCACAACUUCUUACCGUGUAAAUACUGUAAAGGACAAGUGCAGAUUAUAUGAGUGAAAUUGUAGAAAGAUACCUUACUAACACCUUUAAAGGUUUGUGGUCAAAAUCAUGUUUGGCUGAUCGUAAGAAAAUGUGCUUAUCAUGCCUGUGUGCCACAAGUUAUUUAAACUGGCAUAGACAGUGUGAGUACACUUCUCUGGAUUGGAGGAAACGCCUGACUCAACAAAGUGGGCGUAUCAUCUCUAAUACAGGAUAGGAGAUUUCUAACAAAGAAAUGAAAGGCAUACACACCUCUCCCUGUGGGACGGGUUGCCAUUAGUGAAUGAGGAGAAAACAUCAGAGACUAGACAUUUAUCUGACAUUGGGACUAUGUACCACCACCAACUCGUUCAGAUACUUCGUAAGAGGGUUGGCAUCAUAGAAUAUACAACUAGAGGUUUAAUGUUUUUCGUCCUGUGGAUCCCUCAUAUGCCUCGCAGAAAGUUGACAUGUGGUCCAAUGGAUCCCUCACGGAAAGUUGACAGGUGGUCCUAUGGAUCCCUCACGGAAACUUGACAGGUGGUCAUAUGGAUCCUUCAUAUGCCUCGCAGAAUGUUGAUACGUGCUCCUGUGGAUCCCUCACAGAAUGUUGAUACGUGCUCCUGUGGAUCCCUCACAGAAUGUUGAUAUGUGCUCCUGUGGAUCCCUCACAGAAUGUUGAUACGUGCUCCUGUGGAUCCCUCACAGAAUGUUGAUUCGUGUUCCUGUGGAUCCCUCGUAUGCCUCGCAGAAAGAGAGCAGUAACACUUGUACACUAGUGGUGUAAUAUAUGUGUCUGUUAUAUUUUGGAUUCCAUCCGACAACAACCUGCUGUUUGUGUAGCUCUAACAACAAAGGUAGUGUUUACCAGCACUAUUCUCUACCACAUGGAAAAGACAGAACUUCCAAAGUAGACCACAAGCCAUUCACCUGGAGCUUUCUAUUAUUUUUCAUUAAUGUUAAUGAUACUGCUAUCAGUACAUGAAAAAGACAUUGUCAUUUGUCAUAUUUGUUACACAUGAAGUGAUAUGGUUUAGAGAUUUUCAUGACGUGUUAUUUAACAAUUUCAAAAAGCCAAGCUUUUACAAGAAAUUAAUUAUGAUAUUGUGGAUUUUGCAAUAUUGGUUUGAUAUAACCCAUUCCAACAACAGUAUACUAACCAGCAGUUUUUUUUUUAUGCCAAUACCUUUUCAAGGUUUUUAGCAUUAUCAGUAUGUAUAUGAAUUUACUUUACAGAACCUUAAUCUAACUUUGGAAACUAUAAUAGAUAUCAUUGUAUUUUCUGUCACUUUUUUAAAUUAAAAAAAAAAAACAAAGCAAAAAUAUCCCCAAAUAAUUCCAGUGGGUCCGACACAAACUUGAGGAAUAAGAACCAAACCCAUUACAGUGUAUGUUGCCUGUCUACCAUUACAUGCCUUUCUGUGAUAAUCUGUGAUUUUUGUUGUGAGCAGAGUAUCAGCCUUGGUGUCUGAACUUUUCUGCAAGGAUAGUGGUUUCAGUUGUAGUUUGCAAGGUAAUGUUGUUCAUCGAUAGAUGAGCGAGACAUCAUGUGUGAUUAAAAAAUGAAUAUCUGACCCAUAACUCUGUACUGCUUUUUACUACCUAAUUUUGGUGCUUUAAAUUAUACUUGAUAUAUAGGUGAAAAGCUUACAGCCUUUGUGUUGUAUUGUAAAAUAAACAGUCCUGGUGUUGUGCUGUAAGAGAUCUUUUUUAAAUGAAAUUUUUCCUUUGUAAUCAGUUUCAUUUUUGCUAUCUUUGAAAUGAAAUUUUCUUAUUUUAUAAUUUAUAUUUCUCCAUGGCCAUUUAAGCUGUACAAUGUACAUAAGUGUGGAAUUUUCAAAAUUAAAGACCAUACAUAUAGGCCAAUUAUGAUGUACGCAAUAGGCUCUUUUGAAUUAGUCAUUGUACUUUCACCUGUGUUCAAGUCAACUCCACAAAGACUGGUGCAGAUCAUAUAUAGAUGAAAUAUGUAGUCCUGGUUGUUCUAUUUCACCCAUGUGGGUUUCUAAUCACUGUAUAAGUCUACAAUUUAACGCCCUGUACUAUUAUUGAAUGUCAUUAUCAGGAUGAAUUCAGCAUCAUUGCUAAGGCUGAAAAUAGUGAAAUGUAAACUGCCUUGAAAAUGCCCUAGCUUAUAGCUAAAAACAUUUACACAGGGAUCAUUAAAUAUUCUAAAUUUUUUGUGAAUUCAUGAUCAGCCACAAAAUGUAUUUGCAAAACAAACAUGUUUAAUGCUUCAUUGAAGAAAAAAUUCAUGAAAAUGUAGACAUUCCUGCACUGAUAUGUAUUGGUUCGGUGAUUACCUUGUUAAUCUGCAAGGGCUCAAACCAGGUCAUUUUCUUUAUCAUGGUCCAUAGAGUUGAACUGGUUGGACCAGAGUUGUUUGUUUAUGAAAUGAGGACUGACCUUGGUGAUUUUGUUAGUUUCAAUCUUUCAGAUAAGUUCUGACAUAUAUAUAGCUUGAAAUAUUACAUUUACAUGUAUAAACAGAGGAACUUGUUUGUCUGCACAAAUGAACAGGCCUACAGCCUCACAGGAUAUUGAAUAUGCAAUAUUUCAUUGCAAUCUAUUUGUGCCAUGUAGUGAUACAUGUAUAUAGUUCAUUGGAGAUUUCUCCCUUAUCCAGCUACUGUGCCCUAGUUUUAUACCAGUAUGACAAAUAAUAAAGUUACUGGCAGUUACAAACCUUUAUGUAUUGAAGAAAUGAUUUACACAUCAUUUCAAAUUAAUGCAGCUUAUUUGAAAUAAUGUAACACAAUAUUAUUUCAACUUAUCACAUUCCAGUGGACAAGAAUUCUUGAAUAUGAAACCAUAGCGAUACAUAUACAGACCAAGGAUAAGGGUAAUUUAUUGGUUCUUACUGGGGAAAAUACUUCGCACUGUAAUCUUACAAUCUGAUUAUCAUGUAAAAUGGAAUUGAAUUUUGUAGUCUUAUGCUCUCUACUGUAACAUUAUAACAAACUAUUAAGAUUAUCAUCAAGAUCUUCAGAUUAAUGACCAUAGAAUUCAAAGUUUGAACAAAGUGGUAAUAUACCAAGUACAUGAUAUUGGUAUAACAUAUAUUUCCAAGAAGCAAAAGACAAGUUUUGUAAUUACUAAAAGGAAAACUGUUUUGAUUUAAUUGUUACUUAUAGAUUAUAUAAAGACUUAUAGGAAUACAUGUACUGUAUAGGUAUCAUAAGUAGCACUGGAUAUUUUGUUUGUGACAGUGUUAACGUUAUGUUAAUUUAGUUCUAAAGCACAGAUCAUGUUACUAUUUUCAUUCAUAUUUGUCAAGACUUUAUUAAUCUAUGUUGCUCUAGUCAUCCAGAUCUAUGUUGAAUGUUUCAUACUCCAGUGGCGAAGGGAUGAAUAUGUAGGCAUGCCUGAAUCUGAGUUUCUGUCAUAAUAGUAAUUUUCAUCACAUGUAAUUGAUGACAUUACUUUCAUAAUUAGGGUGAAAGUAUGGCAAAAAAUAUUUACUGUAAUAAUAAUUUAUGUACAUUGAAUUACAGAGCUGUAAAGCUGUUUACAGUAUAUUAAAUAAUUUGAUUCAUAACAGUGUAUAUGCUUAAUCACUGACCAAAAAUCUGUAACACAAGUCAUUAUCGUUAAUGACUCUGCUUGGAAUCGAACCCAAGACCCCUAAUAUACUAGACUAACACUCCAUCAAAUUAGUUCAAGAGAAAUUCUUGACAAAUCAAUAGGAAGCAGCUAGUAUUUACCACUGUUAGAUGUAUGUAUUAGUACACAAAGGGCCAUCCCUUCUGUGAUAUGUAAAAAUAAACUGUGUAGAAUGUUUGAUUUUUAAAGGAAAACUUGCCAUGGGGAAAACGAAUAUAUACAUGGAACCCUUCAUCAGUCUGUAUAUAUAAUUUAAUAGUUAUACAACAUUCUGCAUUAGAAAAAUAUUACACCUAAUAUAGAAUGUAAUACAUAACUUUGUUUCAACAUAUCACAUGUUCAAUGAUUAUUUCAAACUUUGAUUUUGGCUGCCCAUGGCCAUGUUCUUUUUUGUUUUUAACUUUUUACUGCUGAGAUGGUUUGAAGUUGUGACUGCAUGGAACAGGAAUAUAUUUGUGUUUUACAAUUUUCCUAUCAAUAGCAUAAUCAUUUUAUAGAUAAGAUCUUGGAAAAUAAUAGACACUCUGUCUUGCUUAUCGGGGAAAUAUUGCCAAACAGCACAAGGAAUUUGUUUGCAUGUAUACUGUUAUGCAGCAUACCUGUGAUAUGUGCUAUGAAUUAUCUCCCUUUAAUAUUUUAAUGAGUUUAUCAAUGCAUGUACAAUGUAUAUGUGUUGCAACUUCUCGUUUUAAAAGUUAACUUAAAUUUGUUAUUAAAAUAAAUUUACUCAGUACAAAAAAAAUAUUUUAUUGUCGUUGCAGUGAAACUCUUCUCACGAAUAAUGAUAACAAUUUAUUGUUAAAUAAAAUAACAAAAAAUGGAUUUAAAUGAAGUCUAGACAAACUUAGUACAAGGUACAGCCAUUCCAUGUUAUUUUAUCCUUGUUAUAUAUUCACUUUGACAAAACAGUUUUCGCCCUUAUUUUACACUUACUUUAAGCUUAUCAAUGACAUAAUAAGACUUUCAUUAAGGAAUACAAAUGCAAUUAUCAGAAUAUCAUAAUCAUGAAAAUAUAAGACGUUGUUUUAAAAGUAUCUGAAGGGCAUAUCCCAUGGACAGGGAAAUCUCAAAAGAAGAAAGUAACAGUGUGACAAUCUAGAAUCAAACUUUUGUUGAGUUUGGAUUCUCAUGUUUCUUCCCGAAGGUUUCAAGAUUUUCUUACCCCUGAAACAUGCCCUUGUUCGAUUAUUUUUCUCCACACUUUAAACAAGUUAAAAGUAUUUUUCGUUAAUAAUAAUAAUAACAUACCUGGUAUGCUGCAGUUACUUUAACAGGUAAUUUGUCUUUUUCAAGUGAAUAUUGGAGAAAUAAACUUGAUUUGUUAUGAAGAAAAAAACAAUUGUGAUAUAAAAAUUAUUGUAAUAUUAGAAGUACACGGCCACAAAAUAUGCGUGAUAGAGUAAAUGUGUUCAAAGUGUGUGUUUGGCUAAACUUUCAUCAGUACUUAAUUAACUGUCGGUAAGCCAGUUUGUAUGCUGUUUGUGCUAUUGAUGUACAGUGCACCGUGUAUAUAUUAUCACAGUACCAUGUACAUACAGAGGAAUAUCAUGUUGAUAUGGUUGUGUACAUAAACCAAAAUAUAUGUUAAGUUAUUCAUAAUAUAAGAUUGGAGAUUGUUCAUUGUAAUACAAAAUUCUGUACAUACUGCACAUAUACAGUCAUGAUUUUUACUGAACUAUGCAUUUAACCAUGUAAUAAAUCCUUGGGGAAAUAUCAAGAAACUUGA